UGCGUCAGGCCCUUAUUGGGAGCCCGAUCUUCGCCGCAUAUCGUCACCAGGACGAAAACGUACGUAUUCGAGUGUGAAAGCAGCAGUUUCCAAACAAUCAUGAGAGCAAGAGGCGUCCAAAGAGGCGAGAAAGAGGCCUUGUUUUUCAAUGCAGCGUGUGGCGUGUGUGUGCUUGAGCCGUAUUACUCCGCGUGCUCCGUCUUGGUACUGCUUUUGCUGCUGUGCUUUUUGCUUAUUAUGUACCUGGUUGUGACUCUUGAUGCCACAUACUUGCCUGUAACUCACUACUUACUGUAUGUAGUAGCAUUAUGUAGGAGUCAGCAGGAAGCUCCAUCUCUCUCCAUUCCACCUCGAGUCUUGUCCUAUCCGGUUCUCUGCCAGCCCAUCCUCCCCCAUUUACGGAGGUGGUGGCCCAAGUCAGGCCAGACCAAGGCCAUCCAGGCAGCCGAUCACAGUCCAGCACCCACUAGCCCACCACCAAGUCCAAGUCGAGCAUCAAUCAGCAGCAAUCAGCUGCAGCCUGCACCGUACUCCGUCCGAGUUACGAGUACAUGCUGCACUGCGGUGGCCACUGCAACGGUCUGACAACUGACUGAACAGGGUGCUGGAGUGCAGACAAGCAGGAGUGCAGGAAGCAAGGAGACAGGCCAGGCAGGGCAGGGCAGGGGU